AUGUGAUGAAGUUUUUCUUUUCCUCUGUGCUGAGUGAUUGUGUGUUAAAAAAAUUUCGUCGAACUGAAAUUUUCUUCUAUUUCUUGUGAAAAAUUGAUAAUUAUAUCUCGUUAUCGUCACCAUUUUCGCGUCUAGUUCCCGUGUAUCGUAAUCACAUAAUCAGCCAUGCCGAAGAAUAAGGGUAAAGGAGGUAAAAAUCGGCGUCGUGGUAAGAACGAAAAUGAAACGGAGAAAAGAGAGCUCGUUUUCAAAGAAGACGGUCAAGAAUACGCUCAAGUCACCAAAAUGUUGGGUAAUGGUCGACUAGAAGCUAUGUGUUUCGACGGAGUCAAACGUCUAUGCCAUAUACGAGGCAAACUUCGGAAAAAGGUUUGGAUAAAUCAAGGCGAUAUCAUCCUUAUCGGUCUCCGUGAUUACCAAGAUGCAAAGGCCGAUGUCAUCCUUAAAUACACCCCGGACGAAGCUCGAAAUCUAAAAACAUACGGCGAAUUCCCCGAAACAGUUCGUAUUAAUGAUACCGUUACGUUUGUCGAAGAUGGAUUCGACGACGAAAUCGAAUUCGGUGAUGACGUUUCGGACGAAGGAGAAGUCGAUGCCGUGGACGCGAUAUAAUUUUCUGAAAAAACACUAUAAGGUGCUUUGAUGCGAAUAUGUAUUAAGACUAAAAACAGUUAAACGUUGAGCUCCAACCGAAACAAUGAACCAAUCAGUAUUUCCAUUCUUGAGCCAUCAAAGAAAUCGACGCCUAAAUAAAUCAAAAAUAAAAUAAUUCAUUCGUCUGUACGUACCAGAGGUAAGGAUCGAACUUCUACCAUAACUCUUGCGGGAUAUGGAGCUGAUACAACUGCAAAAGAAAGAAAAUCGUGUCAUCCAAAAAUAGUCGCUUGUUGUAUGCUUUAGAAAUCAGUAUUAUUAUUUUUUUCAUUCUCCUUUUUGAUUUUGAUUACGUUUUAUUGUUCGAUAUACAUAUAUCAUACGCGAAGUAGAUCACUUUACGUGUGUAGUUCAAAAAUAUGUUAUAAUGAUAAAUUUAUCUAUGCUCAUUGGUAAUUUCAAGUGAUACCUUUAUUAGAAAAUUUUGUAAAUUUGAAAUCUCUUAUUGUACGAAUAAUAAUUGUUCAUUCGAUUUAAUCUAUUCGUUAAUAAAUAUGUUCUACUUA